AUGAGGGGACUCGGGGCCAUCGCGGUGCUGGGGGCGCUCCUCAUCAUGGCUGAGGCUCAGAGGAGAGCCGCCGGGCGGGGCCGCGGCCGCGGGCGGGGCCCGGCCUGGGGCGGGCAGGGGCGGCCGGGGCCGUUCGGAGCCUGGGACUCGGCGCUGUUCCCGCCCUGGCAGCGCGACAGCCGCGACUGCUGGACAGGUGGCGAUGUCACCUUCGACAUCAGCAACGACGCGCCGACGCUGGCGGGCGCCCAGGCCACGUUCUCCAUCGCGCUGCGCCUGCCGGGCACGCAGCGGGCACUGCCCGACGGCCGCGUGGUCUGGGGGCAGAACUGCACCGUCAACGGCACGCAGGUGACACAGGGGGACCCGGUGUUCCCGGAGCAGCCGGACGCCACCGGCACCUUCCCGGACGGGACCCCCCUGCCCCGGGGCCGGCGCGGGAAGUUCGUCUACGUCUGGUGGACCUGGGGGCGGUACUGGCAGGUGCUGGACGGGCCGGUGUCCCAGCUCACGGUGGACACGCAGGGGGUGGCGCUCGCUCCUACACCAUGGAGGUCACCGUGUACCACGCCCGGGGACGGCAGAAAUUCGUCCCCAUCGGCCACGGCAGCAGCCAGUUCAGUGUCACCGACCAGGUGCCGCUCUCGGUGUCGGUGUCGCAGCUCCCGUGGCCGUGCCCGGUGCCGGUGCCGGCGCCUUC